GCACCGCACGCGGCAAAGGAUCUGAGAAGAAGGAGCUUGAUCUGGUCGAAGGCACACGCCGAGGAUAUUGCGCUGGUCUGUUCAGGGCCAUGAGGCAUCAUUCGACAAAUUGCCCGCUACAGCAAAGCGAGGCGAAGAAAGCAAACCCGUGGCUGCUGUGCAGCAGCGGGCGGAGCUAACAACAAGUGUGUCUCGCAAGGCUCUCUGGCGAAUCCCUGGGCGCUCCUUGGCACCACAGGCACGCCCAAAAUUCAAUAGCAUUCUCAUCUUGAUUGAAGUGCAUUCUAGAACCUAGAGCUCGAGGCUAUGACUUUAUGCGUUCUACAUAUCCACCGCCUCGGGAGCUGGUGCCCCAAGGCACGGGAGACCAUCCAUGUCUAUCCUGGGGCUUCGCUCCCCAAGGCAGCGGAUACAUGCAUAAACCCUGGCCUUGGACAAGGCUGUCCGCGUAAUCAGCGCGUAACGGCAAAGGUGGUGAGACCUUGGAGGCGGCGAGGGGUGGCUAUGUCUAGAUCCCCGCCUCACAAAAGUGAGACCAGUGCAGUCCUCGUGCGGCCCCCAGCGCGUCUGCGAAGGCUGGCCGCCGCGCGCGCCGCACCUGGCCGCGUGCAGCGUCCCGUCGCAGCGCUCACUGCCACAACGCGGGCCCUCAUCUCCCCGGGGCGCGCGUCGCUCCUGCUCUGCCUCGAGGGCGCCGCCGACGGUGCGCGGGCCGUGCCCCUCGCGGCCACCACGCCGCCCGCGCCACCCGAGGACAGCUCGCCCCACAGCCCGGAAAGGGGCCCACGGGCUGCGGACCUCUAGGACGCUCCACGCCCUCGCGGUCUGGACUCCAGGGCGAGACCCCGCGGAUACGCGGUCGCGCGGACACGUUCCGCGCCGGGCAUCCGCGAACAGGAGCGGCCCGCAUCCGCGGGAACGCGCACGGGCCCCCCCGCCUGCCAUAUGCAGCAGGUGCCGCGCAGCUGCGCCCGCCGCGGCGGCCUGCGUGCCGGCGGCGGCGCCCGCCGCUCGGAAGGCUCGAGAGGCUGGAGGGUCCAAAGGCUCGAAGGCUCUCGGAAGGCUCGAGAGGCCGCUCGGAAGGCCGCUCGGAAGGCUC